AUGUCUCGUCUCAAUCUACCCAUAUUAACCAAAGAUCCCUUUACCUCCACCACCUCCACCUCCACCCAAAUUCCUGAUCUCAGUCUACCUAUAUUGACAAAACGUACCACCACCUCCAAUGACUCAGCCCCCCUCGUCAGCAUCAUCUGCACCGACGAAACAAUCCAAUCAAGCCUCCUCACACAACUCCUCACCGAAGCAUACAACAAGAAGCCAGACGCCCCACGUUCCCUCGUUGUCCUAUCCACCGACUCCAAACACGCCAUCCAAAACCUCACCCCCGACUCAGCCACCCAACACCCUGUAACACCAUUCAUAUCCCCAUUUCUAGGUAUGACAGAAACUGACGUGGCAGGAUUUCUCGCCAGAACGUGUGUAGGGAGCGCCAUCAGUACUAAGGUCUUUUAUAUCGCGGAUGAUCAAACCCCCGCGACCGGGAAUCUGCAAAUGGUUUUCAUGUACGCGAAUAACCCAUUGAGUCGGAUAUCAUUCCCAAUGGAGUGGGAAUAUGCGAAUUUAUUGGGUGUGGGGGUGGUGCGAGAUCCCGAAAUAACCGGAGAGAAGGUAUUAUCUCUGAUUUGGAAGGGGGUUUAUAAGAGUAACCAGCCGGAGUCACCAUUUUGGGGUGAUGAGCUGUAA